AGCAUGGGACGGGCUGAGGGUGCUUCAGAGCCUGGGGACCCUGACAGCAGUGAGCCUGGAGCCAUCAGCCUGCGCCCUGUGGAGUCCAUCAGCGAUCUGCACUGGGCCUCGGGCGGGCAGAAGGGCACUGAGGGCAAUGGCCCGGCUCCCCCCAGCAGCCUGCACUGGCCCCCGCCUCGCCCCACACCCCCUGGCUCCCCACCGCUGCUGCCCACUCUGCGCCCUGUGCCCAGUGCUAGCCUCUGCCCUGGCCACCCCUUGCUCCUGGCCCUGCUGGGGCUCCUGGCCCUGGUGAGCCUGGUCCUGGCCACACUGGCUGUAUACCUGAGUGUCCUGCAGAGCCAGUCGGUGCGGGCACUGGCCCAAUGGCUGGAGACCCAAGAGGAUGCUGUGCACCAGCUCCAGGCAGCCAAUGGGCAACUCUGGGCUCACCUCAACACCAGUGCCGAGCAUGGCGGGCACCGCUGACCUGCUCCUGGCCCCACCACAGGCACUGGGUCACCAUGGAAAGGGGUACUGAAGGGCGGGAGGGGGAAGUGGGCAGCAGUACCAGCCCCACACCCCAUUCAGGCCUGGCAGCAUCUCCUCAAGUGGUGCAGAGUAGUAGCAGAGGCAAUUCUGGCCCCUAUCCUAGGCUGUGAGAGAAAGGGACAUGGCUGCAAGGACUGGCACCCAGGCAGUGACAGCCCUUACUCCUAACAAGAAGGCAGAAGGCACUCUCCAAUUCGCCUUUUAAUUAGCUCCUGUAAUCAAAGUCUUAGAAAAUCACCACCACAAAUACAUUCCUGGGGCAAAAGGCACUUCCAGAUGGCACAGCCCCAUGCUCACACGGGCAGCAGCCCCUGAGGCUGCACAGGCACCACUAGGACUUGCCCACUGUGCCAUGCACCCGUAAUUUAUUUCCCAUAAGAGAACCAUUUCAUAUAAAGCACUUGGCUGGAAAAGGGCUCAGAGCGGGCAGCUGGCAGGGCUGGGCAGAGCCUGGUGUCCCACACUGCUCUGCCACCACCCCUGGAUGCCAGGCGGGCUGUGGAGGCAGAGGCUGUGCUCAGCAUGGCAGUGGGGAACACUCAGGCCACCAGCACAGGCACUGUGCUGCCAGCUGCCCUGCAUGGCUCUGCCCUCCCACCCAGCGUCCUUCAAGCUGUGCCAGGCAUCCAUGAGACUGGGGAGG